CUGCCUCUUGGUCCAUUCAAGUCCGUUUUUUAAAUGUAGCUCAGGCACCGUCUCUUGAGAAUAUUGCUUUAAACUAUAUAAGGUCUGGUCAUGUAAGAGCAUAAGAGAUAGUGUGCUGUGCUAUUGAACUAAUUUUAUUUUAGAAUACUUAAGUGGCCUGUUCAUUUUCUGUCGGUUUGGGCUGCUAAUUGGAAAAUACAGUGGGCAUUUUUUUCUUCUUAAACUUGUGGGAGACCAAUGCCCCUAAGCCAGGAAUAACCAGGAAGUUGUUCCAUCACUGUGGGAAUCUCUCUAACCACUAUGGGUUGUGGGAAAGUAAUUUUAACUUGUGUGUGUAUUUGUCAGCAGGGAGAUUAGUCACAGAUUCUUUAACUCAAAUAAACUCUUCAGGCAAUUGAUGCUCUAUUUUUAAUGUUGCUCUCUGUCCUGAGAAUCUGAAGAAGUUCUCUUAAGGACCACUAAUUGGGCUGGUUUUUUAUCUGUAAUGAAGAUGGUUUAUAAUUGUAGUCUAGAGAACAAAAAUGCUUGAUAAUGAUAUGGGGGGAAAAAUCAAGAAAGGAGCUGGUUCUUAGGCCAGUUUGUUGUUUGGAUGUUCACACAGGGCUUCAGAAAUAAGCUUACUGAUUUGGUUUUCAGUCCAUAGUAUAGGUGGUUUAUGGAAAACUUCUGUUUUGGUGUUAAUUUCCAGUUCACAGCACUGCAGUGUUCUCGGUGCCUGUAUCAGCUUUUACCUACUACUUGAUUUCAGUCAUCUGCACAUUCUCAUUAGCUAGAGCUCACUUUCUGUACAAGUUCUUAAAUUUUGUAAAUGCAUAGGAAGGAAGGUGAUGAGAGGUAUUGUGGCAAUUAGUCCUUAUCAGGUAAUUAUUUCCACCUUGUUCUGUAGGUUGGAAUAUCAUUGCAGAAACAGAGGUUAAAUGAAGAAUGUGAUUAGCCAGUUUGCUCAAGCAUGUAGAAUUGGAUGUUAAGGUUAAUGUGCUUAGCUCCUGUCCUGCUUUCAGCUGUGUUCUCUCUGGUUUCUGAGCACACUCAAUUAUCAGCUGCUUGCAGUAUCAGCCUGUUUGUAGCACACGUUUGUGGAUGUAUUUGGGGCUGGGCAUGGGACAGGACAAUGUGGGAACCACGUGGAUCUCUCCAGAGGCUCACUCACACAGCUGUAUUUGAAGCAAUGGCUGCACCAUACCUACCCUCCUUGCUAAACAAGACUGGAAUUCAGCAAAAUGUUUAACAAGCUCUGCGUUGAAUGCUGAGAAUAACUAAAUCAGCAUGUUCAAUUUCCUAGCCUUUAAACAUUGUAGGAGAUAAGAUAACUAGGGAGUUUUAUUUGGCACGUUUUUAUGGCUGAAAUAAUGUGUGCAGUUUACCAAACUCAGCAGGUCUGUGCCGAAUUUCUGUUUGAUUCAAGUCCUUUCUGGAGUCAGGAGUCUGUGUCCCCCAUUCCAGAAUUCUUAUGUGCUAAGCACUGAGCAGUUGAAUCAAAACCAGUUUGCCAGAGGAAAUUAAAAAUGGCAUGCUUCAGAAUGAGUUCUAGCAGGCAUGAAAGUGGUAGUUACAAUACUAGAAGAGGAAUUAUAUCUUCUUUUCUUUCAUGUGCCAUGUGGGGUGCCAUCAGAAAAUUCACAUUGAGUAGCAUUGGUAAAAACAAAAUCGCUGGGGUGGAUUAAAAGAUAACUUUUUGCCUUCACAAGCAGGAGUUUCACUAACUUCAUUAAUUUCAUACGAAGUUUAGGUCUUAGGACUACAUCUGAAGACAGAGAUAAAUGGAGAAAACUCAAUACCUGUGUGGUAGGAACUGUCUGUAUUAUUCAUGGACUUUGCAGCAAGGUCAUUUUCAACUGUGUGUACAUGACAGGAUGUCAAAAUAGAGAUGGCAGCUUCUUUAUCUGCAGGAUAAUGUACCAGCAUUCAGUCUUCAGAGUAAUGGGAGCCAGUACAUGAUGUGACAGGAACGAGCUGGGAUGUGUGGAGCAGUUUUGUGGCUUUGCUGUUGCUGGAAGGCUGUCCCAGUAAGAUGGUGCCACAGGCAGCACCUGAAUUAGACCUCAGGAUUGUUCGUGGUGUACACUGCAUGUAGAGAUCCAGCACAAAAUCACUGUUGGAUAGCUCAUCCCAGAGGAAUCUCAGAAUGAGAAAAUCGUAAAAGAGCAUAAAAUUGAGAUAAGGUGGAGGAAGAAUGUAAAAUUCAGGUGCAUGUGUGGCACUAAAGCACCACGAGUUACACGGAGCUGUCUGCCUGUAAAUGAUGUCACUUGACAUGGAGUAAGGUGAAAAUCAAAUAUAGAACUUGCAACAGCUGGCAGACAGAAAAAGAAUUGCAUUUGCAAACAGGAUUGCAGUUCCAGUACAGAAGGUGUUAAACUAUGAGUGCCCUAGUAAAUUAGCAACUUUACUACUUACUGGAAUAGCCAGGAAAGAGUGUUUGACAUUCAUGCAGUUCUGCAAAGAAGUAGGCUUAAAUUAUUUUAGCUACUGAUGAUUCCUGGUACAGGAAGGAGUUUGGCAUCUCUGACCCAAAAAGUCACUUGGAAUUUGCAAAGUAGGUCAUUUAGUAGUGGACCUGUUACACAAAUCGGGAGAUUGGCAGAGGUCACUUGCCAUUCCUAAGCUGGAUUAGCUCUUGAUUUUUUCCUGGUGUUCUCUACAUCUGCAGAAUUGCCUAUUGAAGCAACUUCUAUUAGCAACAGCACUCCCAAAACAAGUAGCUCUAAUCAGCACUUUAAGGAACAGUUAUAGCUGUUUCUGCAUAUAUUAAAAUUAUAAUUAUACAGCAGAAAUUUUAAAAAAUAAAAGGCCUUCUUUUUGUGUGCUGUGUAAGUGGGCUUAUUUUUAAUUAGCUAGAAAAGCUAGUAAUUUGUUGAGUAGUUUGAUACUACAUAAAUGAAUUAAAGCAAAUCCUAAAUCACCUGCUCAAGCUUUACUGACCUCUUAGUGGUUAUUAAAUAAUUAUUAUUUAUCAGUAAUAGCCUGAAACAGUUUCAUGCCAAAACAGCAUGUAAAAUAUUGCAUUCCUAGCAAACUUUAAAUAGCUCUAGUGUUUUAAUCAUUUAAUUGAAACUGUAAUUUUCAGGGAGAUGAAAUGAUCUAACUAUGCUGUGAAGAUGUCUUACUUCUAUUUAAGAUGAGUUAAAAUCAAGUACUGAAUAGUGAAGUCACAUUUGACUGUUUAAUUAGCAAUAGUAAAUGAAGACAAAUAGGUCCGUAAUGAAACUUAAUUUUAACUUCCCAUGUACCAGAAUCAGAAACUAAAUGUUGCUGUAAACUUAUUUUUCUGGGCAAAUUUGACAGAAAUAAAUGCAAAAUAUUUUUAAAAUAAUUUCCCUUUUAUAGAUUUUGUACAUCUAUUUUUAUAGGCUUGAAGUAGUUAAGUAGUGUUUUUAGCAGUUAAACUAUUAAAUAUUCCCAUGAAUUUUAGGUAUUUUUAAAAUUGUAAAGAAAAAGUGUAAUCCUUUUUUUUUUACAUCUGCUAAUAUUUUUUAUUGUGCUUUUUGCAUAAACCACGUUAUUUAUAGUCAAACUUACACAGCAGUCAAAAAUGUCAAAAAGACCUGAAAUUCAUAUUUUUGUGGGAGCCCCCAGUGUUCCGAGGCCAGGGGAGGGGUCAGAGCAAAGCUCAGCCCCUGCUGGUGAGCAGUGGAGGGAGCUGCGCUUUUUGUGCGAGAGCCCUGCGUUUGUUCCUGGCAAGCUCCGGGGUGCUGCUGCCCCCUCGGUGCCCCGGGCACAGAGCUCCACACCCACAGGGGUCCCUUCCAGCGGGGACAGAGCUCAGCAGGGCAGGUUCAUGGCAACAGAAGGAAGAGAUUUGCCAUCUCCUGCCCCUGUGGCACUGACUUGUGCCAGCACACCUAAGAAGAGCACGAGUUUAACUUGUUCUGAUUGUGAAGAAUCCAAAGAUAGAUUUACACCUGCAAAUGUGGAUCAGGCUGCAGAUGAACAGCUGCCCCAGGGCUGUGCAGAAUCAGCUGGACAAGAGAAACCAUCAGGUGCCUGCUGCCCAGAGCUCACUGAGAGGAAAGCCCCUCCUUCAGAAAUUAGCAGCUCUGACAUUUCUGCUUUGGUUGCCAGCACUGAGCAGGUCAGCAUCCAGUCUGUGGGACUUCAGGCAGCUCACAGAAGUGAGCAUCAUGAACAUCUAAGUCAAUGUAUGGAUGUGCUUUUCCAAAAAAGUCAGGAGUCCAAUCCAAAAGAACCAAAUGGCUGUAAAGACUUUGCAGUGUCAGCAGACACAGAGUUUCGUAGUGUAGUGACUUUGAGUCAGGUGGCUGUUUUUGCACAGAAUGACAUGCAGGAAAGUAUUGUAAAACUAUCAGAAAUAGAAGCAGGCAAAAAAGCUCAAGAAGGACAAUAUGAUCACAUCCAAUGUGAUUCUGGUGUUGGAACAUGUACUACUGCUCUGCCUGGAAGUGAAUAUGAGGAAGAGGAUGCAAGUUCUCUUGAACUUUUUAGUUCUGAGGAUGAUGGGGAAAAUGUUUCAAUUAAAGCUACAAAACAGGAAGAAGGUGCUCAGGAAAAUGCAGAGAAUUUUCAAAAACUUAAUGUUGCUGCUGAACAACUUGUAAAUGAAAUCCAUAUUGAGCCAUUGAGCUCUGGAAUACUGUGCUCUCAAGGAAACUGUUCUCACAAGAACUCUUCUAAAAGACCCCGCAAGCAUGAAGAUUCCUCUCAUCUCUCUCACUCAGCAUUUAAAACACAGCUGAAAUCCAAGAGAGCUAAACUGAAUUCUUCUCCACCUGGUUCUGGGGUGAGAGUGGAUCCAGACAGGAUGGCAGAGUUCAAGAAACUCCAAAAGAAACUAUCGCUACUUAAGAAUUGCUGCAGCAAAAAUCAAAAGUACAAUAUUUUGGUCACAGUUGUACAUCCUUGUCAUAUCAAAGAGGUACAGAAGAAGACUAAACCAAAAUCUUCAUGUAAAGUUCCUGUGGCAACAGUUGUUGUUAGUGACCAGUCAGAAAUUGAGAGAAAGGUGGUGCUGUGGCGUGGUGCUGCAUUUUGGUCCCUUACUGUGUUUCCUGGGGAUAUCAUACUGCUUACAGAUAUAAUAAUGUGUGAGAAUCCUUGGUGUGGAGAGGUCAUGCUUCAGUCAACCUUUACCAGUCAAUUACUGAAUCUGGGGAACUACUCAGCUCUCAAUACAGAAAAAUUUUAUCCUCUGGUGGAUGAUGGUGUUCUCCAUGGCUUAUUGGCAUACAUAUCAUCAGAAUUUCCACACUUCAGAGACAUUCCACAAAGACAAGUUCAGAGACUGGAUGAUGUUCGGUAUGUGCAGCUAGAUCAGCUCCAGCCAAGUACUUUGGUGCACUCCAUCCUGAAAAUUAUCAAUAUUUCUGUGUUAACAGAAUCUGUGUACAGCUACAGAGGUGGCAGCCAAAAAAAAAUUAUUCUAACAGUAGAACAGAACAGAGAUCAACACUAUAGGAUGGUUCUGUGGGGAGCAGGGGCUGCCUGGUACCCCCAGCUUCAGAGGAAAAAAGACCACAUAUGGGACUUCAAAUACCUUUUGGUCCAGUGUAGUUCUGUCUCAGGUGACUUGGAACUGCACACAACUCCAUGGUCAUCCUGUGAGUGCUUGUUUGAUGAUGACAAAAGGGCAGUUGAAUUUAGAGAGAAGUUUCAGAAAACUCAAACAUCCCUCAUGGAGUUGACAAGGCUCUCGGCACUCCUGGAAGAAAAAUGCUCAGGAGUGGUUCAGGUGAAAGCCCAUAUCUUGGAACUGAAGUUCACCAUUUCCACUGGUCAGUACAAGCAACUCAUCUUCUCUGCUGACACUUCACUGGAAGGUGUUUUGGCUUCUCUGCCUAUGAUUACAUAUUCAGGUUGUGCCAGAUGUGGUUUGGAACUACAGGCAGAUGAGAACAUGAUCUAUAAGCAAUGUGUUAGAUGUCUGCCAUACAGCAAAGUAAAAACAUUCUACAGACCUGCUUUGAUGACUGUAGAAGAUGAAGGAUACGAAAUUUAUGUUCAUGUGGUGUCUGAAUUGGUGGAAAAAAUCUUCCUCAAUAUUCCUGCGGACUGGCUGAAGAGAUCAGUAGUGCCCUCUUCAGAUAUAACCUACAGCACAAUAGUAGCAGAUCUGUGUCAUUCACUGCUGGCAGAUACAGAAGCAUCCUAUUUGUUGGAAAUCAGAAGCCACUUCGUGCUAGAUGAGAACAGCUAUCCUUUGCAAAAGGAUUUCCAUCUGCUGAAUUUUCAUCUUGAUCUUUGACCUCUGCACUAACUGAGUAACAAGGACUAUAAGGACACACAGAUGGGAAGCAGAAGAAAAAUUACUUAGCUGAAGGAAGCAAAUCUCUUAGAAAAUUAUAAUAAAGGAUUUUGGUUUUAACUUAUGAAAUAAGCAAAACUAUCAAAAGGAUUGGUAUGGAAUAUCUGCUAAUGGUAUAUACUGUUGGAGUAAUACUGGUGAAUUUUCAUGAAAUAUAUUUUUAUACAUGCAUUUUUAAGCUAAUAAUUAUGUGAAUAAACUCCAACAAUUUCGUAAGUA